AUGGACAUCCUCAAAGUGCUCUCGCGCGGCAUCAAGCAGGCCCCCAAGGGCGCCAAAACCCCAGGCACCUCCACCUCCACCUCCACCGUCAACCUCCCCUCCGCCGGCAACCGCACGAACCCCCAGCUCUUCCACGAUCCCGUACCUGCAGCGCCGGCGCGGGGCAGCAAGAGGAAGCGCGCCAAGCACGACGUCGAACCAGAGCCCGAGGCCGGCCACGACACCGACCUGCCCGACGUCGACUUCUUCGCCUCCAAGCCAGACCCCGCCGAAGACGACAGCGAUGUCGCCGCCGAACCCGCACCCGUCAAGCCCGCAGCGGUGCAAGCCUCGCCCAUCAAGCCCGCCACGCUCCUCAGCGACGACGAGUGCCGCCAGAUCCUCCGCUCCCACCGCCUCAAGCUGACCCUGCUGUCGAGCCGUCGCAGGAAGGAACCCAAAGUGACCAAGAGCAAGAGCAACAAGAAGAAGAAGAAGGUCGCCGUCGAGGUCAAGGACGAACCGCUGCAGCUGCACACCCAGCCGCUGGCCUCGUUCCGCGACCUCCAGACCGUCUACGCCAUCGCCCCGAAGCUGGCCGAGAACCUGCAGCAGGAAGCCUACAAGGUCCCGACCGAGGUCCAGCUGGGCAGUCUGCCCAUUCUGCUGCGCCCGACGCUGGCGUUCGGCAAGGUCCCCGAGAGGAAGGAGAUCGGGGACAGCACGAAGGGGGUCCAUUUCCUGGCCGUGGCGCCGACGGGAAGCGGCAAGACCAUCAGCUUCUUGAUCCCGGCCAUCGACGGCAUUCUGCAGAGGCGAGCGGCGCGGGACGACGGACCCGAGCACGAGCUGCAGGCCAUCGUUGUCGCGCCGACGAGGGAGCUUGUCUUCCAGAUCGUCAACGAGGGCCGCAAACUCGCCCUCGGCACCGGCAUCAAGAUUGCCGGCAUGAGGAAGGACCUGCGCCUGCCGCACGAGGAGGUGGAAAGGCCUGCAGGGGACAGCCAAGAUGACGAGGCGACGGGUGAACAGGACGGCGAGGAUGCAGACGAGGCGGUAUUGAGCGACAAGGACGCGGAAGCCAGCGACAAGGAAGACUCGGAAGCGAGCGACAAGGACGCCGAAGCGAGCGACAAGGACGCCGAAGCCAGCGACAAGGACGCCGAAGCCAGCGACAAGGACGCUUCGGACGAGGAAAGCGAGGAUGGAGGGGAAGACACGUCCAAGCCCGUCAGCAAAGCCGACAUACUCGUGACAACGCCCGCACUUCUCCUGCACUACCUCACCAAAGGCUCCUCCAAGACGCACAAGACCCUUUCUUCGGUACGGUCCCUGAUCCUCGACGAGGCAGACGUCCUGCUCGACCCCCUCUUCCGCGAUGCCACGACGGGCGUCUGGUCGGCCUGCACCAACCCGGACCUGCGCAUCUCCUUCUGGUCCGCCACCAUGGGCUCCAACAUUGAGACGCUCGUCACGGAAAUGCUCGCCGAAAAGGCAUCAACGAGCCCCCUGGUCCGCCUCGUCGUCGGCCUCAAGGACACCGCCGUGCCCAAUAUCACCCACAAGCUUAUCUACACCGCCUCCGAGCAGGGCAAGCUUCUCGGACUCCGCCAGCUCCUCCACCCCACCUCGGGCGACGAGUCCGGCCCGCCUCUGCGCCCUCCCUUCAUCGUCUUCACGCAGACCAUCGAGCGCGCGUCGGCCCUCGCCGAGGAGCUCAAGUACGACAUUCCUCUCGCCGCCGGGGGCCCCGCCCGCAUCGCCGCGCUCCACAGCGGCCUCACCGACGCCGCGCGCGCCGGCAUCAUGCGCCGCUUCCGCGCCGGCGAGGUCUGGGUCCUCAUCACGACCGACGUCCUCGCCCGCGGUGUCGACUUUGCCGGCGUCAACGGCAUCAUCAACUACGACAUUCCCGGCUCGACGGCCGCCUACGUGCACCGCGCCGGCCGAACCGGCCGCGCCGGCCGCGAGGGCGGCGUCGCCGUGACGUUCUACACCAAGGAGGACAUACCCUUCGUCAAGACGGUCGCCAACGUCAUUGCCAUGAGCGAGAAGCAGGCCGGCAAGACGGGCGACGCCGCCGGCGUGCAGAAGUGGCUCCUUGACGCCCUGCCCGACGUCAGCAAGGACGACCGGAAGAAGCUCAAGGAGAGGGGUGUCGAGUCGAGGCGCACGGGCGGUGCGGAGGCCAUGAUCACGUCGCAGAGCGGCUGGGAGCGACGAAGGGAGAACAACCGCAAGGGUGCCAUCGAGGGCAGCAAGCUGCGGAAGAAGCAGGAGAAGAAGAAGGCUGGCGGGGAGGGCGAAUGGGGUGGUAUCGACGACUGA